AUGAAACACAUGUUUAAUAGCAAUAACAUGCUAGACAACAAUGAUGAAGAUUCGUCGUGCUAUUGCAAUUUGAAAUGUAUAUGCACAGGCGAGAAACCUUACGUUUGUUCAGUGAACGGAUGCAACAAGGCAUACUCCAAUACGAGCGAUCGUUUCAAGCACACCCGAACGCACUUCAUCGAAAAACCAUACGCUUGUCGAGUGGAAAGCUGUCUGAAAAGGUAUACGGACCCCAGCUCUUUGCGAAAACAUGCAAAAAGUCAUAAUCAUCAAGUAAAGGUGAUAUUGACACAAGAUACGAAUCCAUGUUGUUCUUCGUCGGUCUUCAUAACAUCAACUUGUUCUGCGUAUUCCAUUCCCAACGUUAUUGACCAACCAUUAGAUUUAUCAAUUCGUUGGAAAAAAUAA